AUGACUGUCUCACAAACUCAUGCGAAUGGCAAUGGUCAUGCAAGUGAACAUCGUCCAUUAGUACCAGGAGUCUACGUCCCAACAGUUGCAUUCUUCUCGACAGUGCAUGAAGAAGUCGACAUCUUCACAGUCGCCAAACAUGCUUCUAGGCUCGCCACUUCCGGAAUUGCAGGUCUCGUUACCCAUGGUUCAAACGGUGAAGCAGUCCACCUCACGCAUAUCGAACGCUCCGUCAUCACCUCCAGUACACGCAAAGCUCUCGAUAAAGCAGGAGCAUUAUCAAUGCCUAUCAUCGUAGGCUGCGGUACGCAAUCCGUCAAGGAAACCGUUGUACUCUGCACCGAAGCCAAAGAAUCAGGCGGAGACUAUGCAAUUGUUCUCCCACCAAGUUACUACGCAUCGCUCCUCAACCCUCAACUCAUAUUGGAUUUCUUCACGCAAGUUGCCGAUGCAAGUCCCAUACCCAUCAUCAUAUACAACUACCCCGCCGCACAAGGCGGAUUUGAUCUCAGUUCCGAUGACAUCCUCACACUUUCUGCUCAUCACAAUAUCGUGGGCGUCAAACUGACAUGUGGAAAUACGGGCAAAUUAGCACGUAUAGUCGCAUCUGUCAAGCCUUCGUUCCUCACUCUCGGUGGCUCCGCAGAUUUCACCCUACAGACAAUGGUCGUAGGGGGGCACGGAGUGAUAGCCGGAUUAGCCAACCUAGCACCCAAAGCAUGCGUAAAAAUCAUGAGACUUUUCGAAGAAGGAAAGCUCAAAGAGGCGAGAGAACUACAAGCCAUUGUUGCGAGAGGUGAUUGGGUGGCUAUCAAGGGUGGAUUCGUGAGUGUGAAGGUUGGGUUGGAGAAAUAUUAUGAAUAUGGUGGAUUGCCUAGGAAGCCGUGUGCAUUGCCUGAAAAGAAAGCAUUGGUGGCGAUGAAUGAGGAGUUUGCGGAGUUACUUGAGUUGGAGAGGACGCUUUAG